ACAAAAGUUUUCCGAUUUACUUUUGAAAUCACAUAAAUUGGGGCUCUCUUUUUCCCAUUCCGCAAGAUUUCUUCGUUUUUAAAACGAAAACAUUUUCGUUGACGAAAUGAAAAGUAAACGGCUUUUUAUACAACAAAACGAACCCUAAUUGCAAAAGGAAAAAAAUAGAUGACUUAUUGAUGCAUUAACAUAAACUUGAUACCUAUAUCAGGGUAAUUUAACUUGUGCUUUUUUUAUAAAUAAUUUUAUUUUAACCCAACCUCAAAUUUGGUUCGGACAAAAUUGGCCACAGCAACAACAAAUUUCGUUUUGGUGUAAGCAGCUGACGCAUUCCGAUUUGGUUAUCGGAACGUUGGCAAGUAAUCAAUUUUUGCGUAUAACAGCACAAAUGUGCAUGUAACAGCUCAGACUGUGCUUGUAACAUGCGCUUAACAGAACAUCUGGGUGAGCACAGCUGUUUCCCGCCCAAUUUAAUUCCACUAUGAACUUCCCCAUUUGGUGCGCACUCUGCUUCCUGGCCGUUCGUCUCCGUCUCUCGGAGUCGUUAGAUUUGGUAGAACAAUUGGAGGCCAUCUAUGAGAAUGCAGAUACGUUGCUCUCCAGAUUGAAGGAAGAACUGCAACAGCACACGAAUAGAGCCCAGAAAAGCAUCAACCUGCUGCUUCCCACAUCCUGCCUGACGGCAGCAAUCGACCAAAACGGUUUGUACACCAUAGAGGUCCCGGGACUGAGUCCCUUUCCCGUGUUCUGCGAGUCUCAAUUGGCAGGACCUGGGUGGACAGUGAUACAGCGACGCACCAACGGGAGCCUAAACUUCUUCCGGAACUGGGAGGAGUACAAGCAGGGCUUUGGGGACCUCGAGGGAGAGUUCUUUCUGGGACUGGAGAAGGUGCGCGCCCUGACGGCCCUCGAACCUUUCGAGCUCUACGUCCACCUGGAGGAUUUUGAUGGGGAGCGGAGGCACGCGAGAUUCGACGAGUUUGCCCUCGACACAGAGGAGGAUGCGUAUGCGAUGAAUGCUCUGGGCAGAUACACGGGCACGGCCGGAGACUCCCUUCGAUCGCACCGCAAGAUGAAGUUCUCCACAUAUGAUCGCGACAACGAUCGGGAGUUCACCAAGAACUGCGCCUUCUACUAUCUGGGGGGAUGGUGGUACAAUGCCUGCCUCGAUAGCAAUCUAAAUGGCCAAUAUAUCCAGGGCGGCAAGUACGAGGAGAAAAUGUUCGCCCGGGGCAUGUGCUGGCGCUCGUGGCGUGGCCACAACUACGGCUAUAAGGUAACCCAAAUGAUGAUAAGACCCAAGUGCCGAAAUAUUCCAAAGCCAUGACUCACGCGAGAGACAGCGGAGGAAGAGGAGGAGCGGGUUCUCAAUGAAUAAAAUAUUUUAUUUUCAUAAUGGCUUGAAGAUCAGUCAGUGUGGAACGGAGAGUCGUAAACAAUUUGCAUGUACUCGAUUAAUAUGCGAAAUGUGUUUUCAUUGAAUCAUCAUCGAAUCACCAGGCGAAUUGGCUGAGAAUAUAAAUCAGAUUCUUAUAUAGUA